GAAAGGAGAAUACGUUCAUGAUUUGAUCGAUAGCCGCGACCUCUUAAAGCAAAUAAUACUUAAGGUGUUUCGUUACGCAGUCAGUGACGCAUUUAUGAAUUACGUAUGAAGCUUAAACAUGCGCUUGUAAUUAAUGUAAUUUUAAUAGACUUACGUAAUUAAUAAAAUCAUUGUUUUCACUGGUUUCCUAAUGUGAUGUUACAACUUUGAUGAAUACGUAAAGGGCUAGCUACGAUCAAGUAAUUGUCAACAUAGUUUCAUGCGAUUGUUUGGACUUUUAGUAUUGAGUUUGAAGAUGGGAGUCGACGGUGCUAUUCAAGAAUCUAUGGAUGUAGAAAUUUUGCCAUCAACGAGUGGCUACAACGCAAAAAACAAGGAGAAGACUGGGAAAUCGGACAAUCUGCCAUGGAUUGAAAAAUAUCGACCACAAGUAUUUUCCGACAUUGUUGGCAAUGAAGAUACAGUAUCCAGAUUAUCAGUGUUUGCCCAACACGGCAACUGUCCUAAUAUUAUCAUUGCUGGCCCACCAGGUGUUGCACGCAUUUUAUUGGGACCAGCGUUUAAAGAAGCAGUAUUGGAAUUAAACGCGUCAAACGAUAGAGGAAUAGAUGUGGUCAGAAAUAAGAUUAAAAUGUUUGCUCAAAAGAGGGUAAACUUGCCGAAAGGGAAGCACAAAAUAAUAAUUCUCGAUGAAGCUGAUAGCAUGACUGAAGGUGCGCAACAAGCACUACGUAGAACAAUGGAAAUAUACAGUCAUACAACUAGAUUUGCAUUAGCUUGUAAUUCAAGCGAAAAGAUUAUCGAGCCAAUACAGUCACGUUGUGCCAUGUUAAGAUAUGGAAAAUUGUCAGACGCACAAGUUUUAGCAAAGAUUAUUGAAAUUUGUAGGAUAGAAGAUGUUUCACAUACAGACGAUGGUCUAGAGGCAAUAGUGUUUACUGCACAAGGUGAUAUGAGACAGGCUCUAAAUAAUUUACAAUCAACUUAUAAUGGUUUUGGUCAUGUAAAUAAUGUGAAUGUUUUUAAAGUUUGUGAUGAACCGCAUCCAUUACUUGUUAAAGAGAUGCUUGAGUUAUGUACACAGGGUAACAUUUCCAAAGCAUAUGGGAUAAUGAAACAUUUAUGGAAAAUGGGAUACUCUGCAGAAGAUUUAAUCAGUAAUAUAUUCAGAGUUUGUAAGAAUCUACCUAUCGAAGAAACGUUAAAAUUAGAUUUUGUAAAAGAAAUUGGAAUAACUCAUCUAGGAAUAGUGGAUGGAAUUAAUAGUUUACUACAAAUGAAUAGUCUUCUUGCCAGACUUUGUCUAAGAUCUAUGCAGAGUUAAGAAUGAAAUGUCUACUAAUUAUUUAAGAGAAUAAAACUAUUUAUAUAUU